AUGACAACUGCAGCUAACGUCCCCAGAGUUAGCGCCAAUCAAAGCAACGACAAUGAAAAUGACUUGGUAUCCCACGGCACUGUGUACGAUGACGUGAAGUAUCCCUACAUAAUAUACGUGAGAGGCACUUCUUCCUUAUGUACUGGAUCGCUAAUCCAACCGCUGUUCGUAUUGACUGCCGCCCACUGUUCGUGGGGAAUGGCCGCCAAAGACUUAAAGAUGACAUCCGAGUGGAAAGGGUUUGACUCCUUCGCAGUGAUCGGCGGAACACCAGAAGAAUUUGCAAAUGGCAGAACUGUUAAUUGUGUCGUCAUUGGAUUCGGUCAACGAGAAGGUCCGCAAGCUGCUAAAUGGAAUGGGUUCCAAACAGAUGUGGUGGCUGGAUACGGGCCGAAUGCAUGCGCUAAGCCUCUCCCAGGAGGCGGUUGGAAGAACUAUAUUUGCGCAAAACCCAAUAAGAAAAGUGUGUGUCAAGGUGACAGCGGCGGACCUUUGAUCUGCAAUGACAAGUUAUACGGUACAGUCAAGGACGGUUACAAUUUCAAGUAUUUCAACAAAACAAUAUGUGGUGACCCAAAUGUGCAGACCAGGCAUAUAUUCUUGUAUUGGCACAGAGAAUGGAUCGAUAAAAUAACAAACGGGCAGAACGAGUACUACGACGAUUACUUCGAUAAUGCACCUACCAACCGACAAUAUUUUACCAUAGUUGCGUUUUUCGCCAUUCUAUCACUGAGCGGGCAAGUUGUAUUUUUUUCGAUCUGA